GUUUAGAGCGCACGCUGGAAGCUCUGGCAGACGAUUUGAGUUGAUAUGAGCCUUCCGACCUCACAUCAGCAGUCAAGAUAACUGGUUAAAAUUGGCUAACUACUUACAGACAUUAAUGAGAGAACACCUCACUCUGACCAUUUUACUCGCCCUAUAGCAAAGCUAGUUAAUUACUGUUUUCUUGAGCGUUUGUGAUUAACUAAACUGCUGGUAGCAAUUUUAAUUACGUUUUUUGUUUUUACCAACGUUUACUGACACCGGUCAUAACAUAUUCAACGGGUGUUGCGCGUCGUAAAUUCAUCAGUUAGGUCAAUGCUUUGGCAGACACGACAGUGCUCUGAAAUAGAAGUAGAUAGUGAAUGUACGGACGCACCCGCCGAUGUCACUCAUUGGCUCCACUCUGCCUUCCACCGAUCUGUCAGACCGUUGCAGACGCGCUGCCUCCCCCUCGCCAAGCUCUCAUGUUGCCGAUUCUGACUGAAAAUAUACACACCGCUGAACAAUAACUCAAAAGUUAUCGCAGCCGGUCACGGAGGGGCAUGAGAGCCUUGUGCGAGGCCAGUGCCGUUGCUUGCCGGACCCAGUGCUGGUGACGGGGACAUGGGCCUCUUCCUCAGGGCUUCCAGUACGACCCAGCUCAACACAAGCCAGAGCCUCAGCCACCAGCUUGUCCAGCACCAUCCAGACACCCACGGCAGCAGCAGCACCUCGAGUGACCCUGCCUCAGAGGGCUUCACCCUUCUCUCCGGCGCCACCACCCCACGGCAGGCCCAGCACCCAGCACCGCAGCCGGAGACUAGUGCCAAUAUGAGAGGUCUGGAGACUGAGGAGAGCCACAACGCCAGUGCCACACCGACACCAGCGGGGGGAGAAGAGCCAAGCCCGACCAAGACAGAUUGCAGGGAGCAGGCAGAGACCCAGCCACAGGCCCAACCUCAGACCCAGCUCCAACCACAGAGGUCAGAUGAGAGCUGCUGUCAAGAGAAGAAGGAAACUCAGCAGCAGACAUCGGAACAGACAGGAAAAAGGCCCAAGUCUAACUCAAAGUUAAAGUUAGUUCGAAGCCUGGCUGUUUGCGAAGAGUCCUCUCCUCCUCCUAUUGCCACUGAUCUGCCUCGAGAACAUCAGGAGAAAAUUGAGAUCCAGCUCACCCAGUCGUUUGACAAAGAGGAGGAGGCGUCAUCGCCCAUCAAGAAUGAAGUGGACCAAGAUAAAGGAGUGGAGAAGCUGCUGGAGAAGACUGAAAGGAUGCCCAGGAAGAUGCUGUCCAGAGAUUCCAGUCAAGAAUACACCGACUCUACCGGGAUCGAUGUCCAUGAGUUCUUAGUAAACACGCUGAAAAACAACCCCAGGGACAGAAUGAUGCUUCUGAAGUUGGAACAGGACAUUCUUGACUUUAUCAGUAAUAACGAAAGCCAGAAGAGAAAGUUCCCUCCGAUGACCUCCUACCACAGAAUGCUGCUGCACCGCGUUGCAGCCUACUUCGGCCUAGACCACAACGUCGACCAAACCGGGAAAUCUGUAAUCAUCAACAAAACUAGCAAUACGAGAAUACCUGAUCAGAAGUUUUCAGAACACAUCAAAGAUGACAAAACUGACGACUUCCAAAAGCGGUAUAUUCUCAAAAGGGACAACUCCGGCUCAGACAAAGAUGACAAUAUGAUGCGGAUGAGACUGAAGGAAGACAGGAGGAGUAAGUCUAUAGAGGAACGAGAGGAGGAGUACCAGAGGGCCAGAGACAGGAUAUUCGCUCAAGAAGGUCCAGAUGGCUUUCCUCUUGAAAAAAGAAUACAGGAGGAUGAUGCCUGUAACAGCACACAGCAAAGACGGCAAAUCUUUAGGUUAAAAGAUGUCCGCUCGGCCAACAGUUGCCAGAGCAGCUCUGAGAACGAGCCCAAGAACUCUGAACCCCGGCCGUGGAGCAGCACUGACUCGGACAGCUCAAACCGUAACCUGAGGCCAGCCAUGACCAAAGCAAGCAGCUUCAGCGGUAUCUCUGUCCUCAUCAGGGGAGACAGCUCAGGCAGCAGCAAGAGCAUGGGUCGCCUCUCUAAGACUGGUUCUGAGUCUUCGAGUAGUGUAGGGUCCUCCACGGGUUCGCUCUCUCGCGCCCAGCAAACCCACCCUGUCCCGGCUCUAACCAAGGCUGGCUACCCCCACAACCACUCUGCGCUUCCCUGCCCAGUGGCCUACCCAGCUGUCUGCGCUAGUAGUACUGUGGUCUAUGAGGCGGGAGGCAGGAGUGCGGCACCGCCAGCGAACACAGCUAACACUAGCUACUAUUUGCUUCCUCUGGAAGCCACAGGGAUACCGCCAGGGAGUGUCCUGGUCAACCCACACACAGGACAGCCAUUUGUGAACCCGGAUGGAAGUGCUGUGGUGUACAACCCCAAUCACGGCAUGGCUCCUCAGCAUCAUAAUCAGCAGGGCAGGACCCAGCAGCCCAUGCCCACUCCUCCGCACUUGCCUGGCCAGCACCAGCCCACCAAUCAUAACCACGUCCUCGCACAGCCGGUCCGGCCCCUCCAGCCCUCUGCUCAGCCUGUCCACUACUCGUCUGUCUCUUACCCAUCUCAGCUCCUCUCCGUCUCCCCUGACCAACUAUACACUGUGCAAGAGAACCUGGGAGCCCAGUUCAGCCACAUGAGUCUGUCCCGGCAGGCCUCCGGGAGGGCCCCUCCUCCGUGGUGCUCCAGGCCCCCCCGCAGCAGCAGGGCUUCAUGGUGCCCCCCCCAGGCCAGCCUGUCCCUGCCCCCCAGGCCUACAACACCCCCGCCCCUCCGCCUGUCAACCAGCCACUCAUGCAGACAAGGUUACAUGCAGCAGAUGCCAGCGUGUUACUGUGGGCCAGGCCAGUACCCCCUGUCUAACCAGGGGUACAGGCCUGUGGGCACAGUGCAGUAUAGUGCCCUGCAGAGCCAGCCAAUGCCCCCGCCCACACAACAGACAGGUUACCAAACUGUGAUGCUCAAUCAUCCACAGAGCUAUCAGAGUAUGAUAGUAGUGCCACAGAGUCAAAACCCAGUCAGUGGCCAGCAGAACCCGGUCAGUGGCCAGCAGAACCCGGUCAGUGGCCAGCAUAGCAAUAUGGGACAUCAGAUGCAAGGCAUGAUGGUCCAGUAUCCCUCUAUGUCAUCUUAUCAGGUAUCCAUGCAGCCCCAAGGCUCCCAGGUUGUACCACAGCAAACGUAUCAGCAGCCUAUCGUCAUCCACAACCAGUCCAACCAGAGGCCCAUGCCUGGCUCUGGUGUCCAGGUUUACUACAGUGUUAUCACACCCAAUCAACAGAGCUCCUCUGUAGAGUUCCUGCCUCCUUCCGGAUCAGAGCAGAUGCUGUUCCCUCGGCCGUCCUCCCCCUGCAGCUCCCAGCAGCCCCUCCAUCAGACACAUCAGUGCUCAGGUGGUGGAAUGGUGAUGAUGCAGCUGAUGUUGUCCCCUGGCCAGCAGCCGAGGCCUCACACGCCCUCGCAGUGGAAACACAGCAAGUACUACAGUCUGGAUCACACCAGAGGACAGAAGUCCACAGAGCUCUCAGUCAUAGACACCUCACAGAGCAGUCCCCAGCUGGGCAGUCCCUCUACCUCCCCCGCCCAGUCGCCAACCCCCUCCCACCUGACCAAUGUGAAGAGCAUCCGUCCUGGCCUCACCCCCGUACCCAUGAUGCCACAGUUCUCCAGACCCUUCGUGCCAGGGCAAGGAGAUGCUCGGUACCCGUUGCUAGGGCAACCCCUCCAGUACAACCCUCAGAGCCGUCCUCCUCUCCUCCAAUUUCCCCCCAUGGCCCCCAACCAUCAGGUACCUAUAGGGAUACGGCACAGCGGUGGAGGAGGCAGAGGGAGGAAGCAGCCGAGGAAAGCUCUGUCUACAGAUCUCAGUGUAGGUCAACCAGUGAGUGGGCGGGUCCUGGAGGUGACUGAGCUGCCGGAGGGGAUCAGCCGGACCGAGGCGGACUCUCUGCUAGGCGACGAUGAGGUGUCAGCACAAAUGAUGUCCAGUUGGGAGGACGACGGAGUGGCCGAGGUCUCCCAUAACUGCUGUGUCGCAAUCAAGGUGGAUGCCAAGAGCGAGACAUGCUCUCAGUUCUCUCAAAUCUACCCGGUGGUGUGCAUCCCGUCCAGUUUCUUUAUUGGAGAGAAUGGAAUCCCCCUGGAAGUUGUUGCCGGGAGUGUCUCUGCAGAGGAACUCACGAAAAGAAUCGACAAAGUCAAACAGAUGCACGCCCAGCAGAUAGCAAGCGAGGGACUGGAAGCAGGGACCCCCGUGGAGGCUUGGCCACCAGCCGUGGUAGCCUCAGAGCCAGCCCCAGCACAGCCCCCCUCACCCCCACUGGAGCUCCAGCCUAGCCACGCACCACCUGCAGCGCCAGCCACAUCUAAAGAAUCCCUGUCCAGGCCAGCAGAGGAAGGCGGAGCAUCAGCCUCAGUGGUCGUCACCCCCGGGGAAGACGGGAGCUCAUCGUCAGACGACGCAUCAACCAGCUCUCAGCCUGACAGGGUCCUUGAUGCUAAGGUGGAGAGGUUAACAAAGAAACUGGAGGAGAGACGGGAUGAGAAAAAGAAAGAGGGUGAAAUAAAGGAGAUGGAGAGAAGGAAGAUGGGGAAGGAGAUGCUGGACUUCAAGAUGAAGAACGAGGAUGAGAAGACCAAGCGCAUUAUGGAUGAGAGGAGCAGAGAGAAGGCAGAGGAGAAGGCUGCCAGGGAGCGUGUCAAAGCACAGAUCGCCCUGGACCGUGCUGACAGAGCUGCCCGCUAUGCCAAUAACCAGGAGGAGGUGGAGGUAGCCCGGCUGGCAGCACUGCAGGCCAGACAAGCAGAGGCGGAAGCCAAGAAGGAGAUCGUACACAGGGAGAGGAGCGCCAUAGCAAGAAUACAGUUCCGUCUCCCAGAUGGUUCUUUCUUCACCAGGCAGUUCUCCUCAGAGGCCAGACUGAAUGAGGCUCGGCAGUUUGCUGUCAAUGAAGUGGGAAAUCGCUAUGGCAACUUCUCCCUGGCGACUAUGUUCCCUCGCAGGGAGUUUACGGCUGACGACCUGGGUAAGACUCUACUGGAGUUGGAGCUGGCUCCCGGUGCCUCCAUAGUCCUGCUGCCUCAAACAGGACGGCCCAAUAACACAGUGGUGCAGUCUGGAGGGGGUAUCUGGGCUGUGUUGGGUACCAUCCUCUACCCCCUUCUGGCUGUGUGGAGGUUCCUGAGUGGCUUCCUCUUCACCAGCCCCGCCACCCCCGGAGCAGCAGGCGCCAGAGGCCCAGCCCAGCAGCCCAACACUAACUCAGGCUCUGGUUCCUCCUCCUCAUCUGCUGAACCGAAGAGAGAAACCCUUCGCAAACGCACACUGGAGAAGCAACCAGUAGACUUCAAACGAGACGGUAAAAUCCACAGGCUACGGAAUCACCAGGACAGUGAGGAUGAAAAUAACACUUGGAACGGCAACUCUACCCAGCAGAUGUAGUGCAAUAACACUCCCCCCCCUCCCCCUCUUCCUUCCCUCCUGCUAAUAAUAGGGCUGUUUGUUUUAUGUUUAUCUUGUCUAAGCCUGUACUCUGCUCCUCCCCUGCAUGGGUAGAUGUAAUCAAGUUUACCUCCCGACCGUUGGGCUUGAACAGAGAAGACCCCCUUUGUGUUGAAACUGUUACUUGAUUCAUUCAGCCUCCUUACAGAAUACAACCAGCCGGGGGGACCGUCAGUAUCCUGACAUGUCUACUGUAUGAUGAAGGGCUGAGACAGGUGUUGAUUGAUGGCCUUGUCUAAAUGAGAACUUUUGUUUAAUUUAACAUUUAACAUUCAAUAACCAGAUAAAAUGGUGUUUAAUGCUGUAUAAUACGAGGCCUGUGUGUGUAGCAGUAUUUAAUCAAGGCUGUGACCCCUUGGUAUAGACUACCUCCCUCGGCAGUAGAAUGUGCUUCUACUACUAGUUGAACAUGGGAAACCACUGUACUGCUCUCAUUUAACUAUGGGAAUAAAAAUGUUUUCCAAUAAACAA